UUGACCUUCCAGAUCACCGUCCCGUUCUUCGCCAUGGCGGCCACACGCUGCUUCGUUAGCGCCAGCCUGUUUACACGCCGUGCUACCUUUACUACUCAUGGUACUCAACCCAUACUUCUCCGUCAUACCUUUCGUCAUGGUCGUCUCUAUGCGACUGCUCCACCCCAGAACCGAACAAUAGCCAACGAUCCACACCCGACACCGAGACCAGAAAACAUCGCCUACUUCACCGGAAACCCUCGAUACUAUCAAGAUGUGAUGGAUUUAAACGCUUUGAUUCGGAAGCAUGCUCUCUCAUUCAGAGAUAGUUCUCAGUACAAAUCCAUUAUGGCAAAACCCAAGUGGAUGACGUUGGAGGAGAUGCAAGAGUUUCUCGAGUAUAAACUCGUUCGAAGCACAUACACUGAGCUCGUGCAUAAGCUGAAUAUUCUAUAUACAGUUCAAGCUCGUGAUCCGGACGUAAACCGGUUGCUGUCAAGAUUUGUCAAACCAGGAGCAGCGCUUGUUACACAGGUGAAGGAGCGGGCUGGUUUGGACGAAUUUGGUCGGUCAUACUCGUACGGAUCAAGAAAAACCGCAAAGGCACAAGCGUGGAUGGUGAAGGGUGAUGGUCAAGUAUAUGUGAACGGCACUCCCGUCUCGGAUUAUUUUGCUGAGGAUGUUGACCGCGAAGUUGUUGUGCGACCACUUGAGGUGGCUCGUCAGUUGGGGAAGUAUAAUGUUUGGGCGUUGGUGAAGGGUGGGGGGCCCUCUGGGCAAGCUGCCGCGGUCUCUGUAGCAGUGGCACGAGGGUUAGUCAUACAUGAUCCAAUGCUAGAGACGGCCAUGAAAGAAACGGGACUUACGACAAUCGACACCAGACAGGUUGAACGUAAAAAGACAGGUCAACCCAAAGCCAGAAAGAAGAAUACUUGGGUCAAACGUUAAGCCAAUCUACACCAUUCGCGGAGGUAAAGCAUACGGUUCAUGUAUCAUAGACAUCAAUUUAUUCCUAUCAUGAAAAAUGGCAGUGGAAAACUGUGCAACGCAGGGUGACGAUGGAUUGUAUUCUCCUUAAUAAUAUUAGAGAUCCUUGAUGGAUGCCUUCACAUA